UCAAAGAGCCAGCGAGAAAGGAAGCAUGAGCAAACGUGAGUAAAUAUAAGCCUCGAGAGCAAAAUGUGUUGGUUAAGCAGCGUAACCAUUUGCGCAACGUUAGUUCUCACGAGCAUGGCACAUGACCUGAUCGUUGUUGGACCAAAUUCCAUCCGAUCCAAUCGAAGCUACACUGUGACGAUUUUCAACUUGUGCACUAAAAAGGUAGAUUUUAUGCUCCAUUUGGAAUGUUUCGGAAAGGAUGAUAUCAUCACCUUCAAUAACACAAUGUCCGGAAGUGUGAAAUCAACCGAUGUAAAAUCAAUGUCUUUGAAGAUACCAGACAUUCGCUCUACAAACAGUGGUAGAAUAACAAUAUCUGGGAAAAUAAAGAAAAAAACCUUCAGCAAAACAGUGGAUCUAGGCUAUCAAACAAAGUCCAUCUCGAGCUUCAUUCAUCUCAGCAAGCCCGUCUACAAACCAGGAGAUAGCGUUCAGUUCCGUGUGAUUGUGCUGGAUCUAGAUCUGAAGCCACCAUCAGGCCUCAAGAUGAUAACUGUGACCGUGCAGGACACGAUCGGUAACAACAUUCGCUUUUGGACCGAUGCCAAAGUGAACAACGGAGUGUUUGAAGGGCAAUUGGACAUAGCUUCCUCCCCUCUUCUUGGGAUAUACAACAUCAAAGUUGAGGCAAACGGUGAGGAAUUGGUUUCCAAGACGUUCGAAGUGAAGGAGUACGUACUGUCCACGUUCGAGAUAAACGUCCGUCCCACUGUCGUUCCACUCCUGGAACACCAGGCGCUUAUUCUUACGAUAGCGGCCAACUACUACUUUGGCAAACCAGUUAUCGGUAGUGUGAAAAUAGAUCUGUAUGAUGAUGAAAAUAAGUCACUCUACAAGCUAAAACAAGCAGAUCUUAACGGAAUGCUCCAGGUUCAUCUUCCCUUUACCGAGCCUCUCAGUAUUGUAGAGCUUCAACAGGAUGUAAAUGUAAAGGUCACAUUCACCGAGCGGUAUACAAAUAGAACGAUCAUCAAGGAUUAUCAGAUUACGGUAUACAAACACAAGUACCGAGUAGUACUGGGAAAGGUGCUCCAACCCAAUUCAUACCCACAAUAUACACUAAAGAUCGAACAUCAAAAUGGUACACCAGCCGAAGGAGUGAAUUUACAAGUUAGGGGCGGUGGUAUAACUUCAAACGGUUGGACGCAAAACGUCACUAGCAGUAAAGGGGGCAAUAUUAGUCUUUCGCUGCCGCCAUUCAAUAUGACGCAAAUUAUAAGUGUUUCACAUGCUGGAAAACAAAUAUUUAAAACCGAAAUUGAAAAGGGUGAAAUACAGUCCUAUACGUUCGACAUCAACGUUGAAGUGAAAUCUAUUAUCGGAAAGAUAAAGCUUCAGAUCAAAUCCUCUCAUCGGCUACAAUUCUUCAUAUAUUACAUUGUAUCUAAAGGAAACAUUGUUGAUGCAAAAUAUGUGUCAGCAAAUAGUAUAGAAAAGAUAACUCAUUACAUCAAUGUGUCGCAAAAUAUGCUUCCUCGAGCAAAACUUAUUUGCAUGACGGUGAUAGACGGCAGUAUGCUGACCGUUACUAAGCAGAUCAAUUUUGAGGAGUUUUCAAACAAAUUUGACUUGACGACAGAGGAUGAUGAUGGUGAUUUAAAACCCGGCCGUCAAAUUGUGCUUAAAAUUACUGGCCCACCUAAAGCGUACGUGGCUCUCGCAUCAUACGAUCAAAGCUUGCUUCAGCAUGGCACGGGUCAUGAUAUCGUACGCGAAGAUGUUUGGAACUUGGUUGACGAGAAUAUCAGCGAUGACCCACAUAGCUACAACUGUUUUCAUAGCAUGGUACUAUUUACCCUGCCAGGGAGCCAUAAUACGGAUUGUGAAGUGAAUGAUAAAGCUUCCCGCCAAGAUCACCUUAGCAACAUUUUUAAAAAUUAUGAACUGCAAUGGAGGACUACGUUCAGCGAAAAUUGGUUAUGGGAAUCCUACCAUAUUCCACACAGUGGAAGGAAAAAACUUAUCAAAUAUGUACCAGACACCAUCACAUCGUGGUACCUGUCCGGCUUCUCCAUCGACCCAAUGUAUGGUUUUGGAAUGAUCAAGAAACCAAUCCAGUUCACCACCGUGCAACCGUUCUAUAUUGUCGAUCAUCUGCCGUAUUCAAUCAAACGUGGUGAAGUGGUUCUGUUGCAAUUCACUCUAUUCAGCGCGCUCAACAACAUAUACAUUAGUGAUGUGACGUUGUAUAACAUUGACAAUCAAAUGGAAUUCAUCGGCUAUUCUGGAAAUGGCAAUAACUACACAAAGGCUUUCAGCGUACCACCAAACGUUGGAUUUCCGGUUUCGUUUCAGGUGAAAGCUAAAACAUUAGGGGAAAUGAUCGUUCGUGUUAAGGCGAAAAUUAUGAUGGGUCUCGAGCACGAUGCGAUCGAAAAAAUCAUACGCGUUUUGCCGGAAAGCUUAGAGCAAACACACGUCCGAACGGAGCUUUUCACAUCUAACGACCGCGUUAGAAAAUCAUUCGAAGUGCCGCUCGAUGUUCCCGAAAAAGCCGAGCCUGGAUCGGUUCGAAUUGAGUUUUCGUUUGCCCCUAACAUAUUCACAUUCGUGAUACCAAACCUGGAACAGCUGCUAAGUGUUCCGACUGGAUGUGGGGAGCAAAAUAUGAUCCGCUUUGUACCAAAUGUGGUAGUUCUCGACUAUUUGUAUGCAACUAAGUCGAAUGAUAGCUCUGCCACAGAUCAACGAGUCAAGCAAUUGCUGCGCACAGGUUAUCAAAAUCAACUGAAGUACCGAAAGGCGGAUGGUUCUUUCGCAGUGUUUACAACCAGUAAAGGAAGCAUCUUUCUCACAGCCUUCGUGGGAAAAUCUUUUCACAUUGCAUCGAAAUACAUCUCAGUGGAUGAAAAUGUCGUAUCGAAAGCCUUCAAUUGGUUGGCCACCAAACAGCAACCCGAUGGUCGAUUCAAUGAGGUAGGAUAUAUUUUCUCUUGGGAUAUGCAAGGAGGACUAAGGGCCGGAAUAUCUCUGACGUCCUACGUUAUGAUUGCCUUUCUGGAGUCCAAAUUGUAUACCGUUAACCAUACUGCGGUGAUCGAAAAAGGUAUGGCUUACAUUGCAAAAAACAUUGACAACAUUACUGACCCGUACGAUCUAUCGAUCGCUACGUAUGCGCUGUGGUUGAACAAUCAUAGCAACAAAUCUAUCGCCUUGGACAAACUCAAAGGGAAUUCCACUACAAAUGAGAAAAAUCAACGGUACUGGUCGCGUAAAACGUCCCAAAUCGAAACCACGGCUUAUGCACUACUAACACUGAUCGAGGCAAAAGAUUACACAGAAUCACUAGCCACUGCACGUUGGCUCUUGAAUCAAACCUACGAAACUGGAAGCUUCCCGAGAACUCAAGAUACGUUCGUGGGCCUGAAAGCGCUUGCCAAGUUCAUCGAACGUUUUAAUUUGGCUGAAAGUGACUACGAGGUGCGACUACAGGCCACUGGAGUGAACCAAUCAUUUGUUAUACAUUCUUCACAGAAUGUAACAUAUUCCAAUAUUCCGGAUACUAUUCGGAAAAUGAAAAUCGACGUGACCGGUAAAGGUACCGGACUUUUCAGGGUAACUUACAAGUACCUUUUGAAUCUGUUAAACUUCAAUUACCGAUUCAACAUAACCGUCAAGAAGGAAGUCUUAACCUCAGAGUCUGCGCUGAAGCUAAUUAUCUGCAGCAACUUUAUUCCGGAGUAUUCAGGCGAACGGUCAAACAUGGCCCUUAUGGAGGUGACUUUUCCGAGUGGCUAUGUAGCGGACAUUGAUUCCAUCAAAGAGCUUACGUCCACUGAUCCAAUAGAAAAAAUUGAGCCGCUCCACGGUGGAACUAUGGUUGUGAUGUACUACAUGAACAUGGGCGACGUGCCCAAUUGCUUUGUAAUCACCGCUCACAUGCGCUUUAAGGUGGCCUUUAGAAGACCAGCUUACGUGAAGGUACAGGAUUAUUAUACCCCUGAAUAUAAUGCACUUCAUGUGUACAAUAUAGAUGAAACGGGAAUUUGAGACGUCUAUACUGAAGGGGAAGAUUGCUGUAACUGAUCCUGUAGCUGUUAAUAAAUGUGGCCCAUGAACAAUUCUUCAUGGUUUCAGUGUUACGAAUGAACCGAACAAAUUAUUUUGAUUGAUUCGGUCUAGAGACUCGCCACACUAGCGCGCAUUAACAAGUCUCAGCAUCAUUCUCGAGUAUUUCUCUUUGUAAAGCCUUUUUAUUAAAGCAGAU